AUGUCUCAUUUUAUUAAAAUCUAUCGAUCUUCAGCGAUCAUUUCCUAUCUAUCUAUCUAUCUAUCUAUCUAUCUAUCUAUCUAUCUAUCUAUCUAUCUUCGGAUGUCUCUUCAUAUCUUCCGAUGUCUAUAUCACUUCAUAUCACUUCAUAUCUAUCUAUCUUCAGAUUUUCUUCAUAUCUAUCUAUCUAUCUAUCUAUCUAUCUAUCUAUCUAUCUAUCUAUCGGAGUCUUUUAUGCAUCUGUCUAUUUAUCUAUAUCACCGUCUUUUAAUAACUCUAUAUAUCUACCUGUCUCUAUCGCAACCUAUCAAAUCUACAUAUCUAUCUAUCUAUAAAGCAAUCAAUUCAUAUCUAUCUAUCAAUCUAUCUAUCUAUCGCAGUAUAUUCAUAUCUCUUUAUCUAUCUAUAUCGCAGUCUCGUCGUAUCUAUCUGUACCUCUCUCUCUCUCGCUCUAUCUUUCUCAGCAUGCUCAUAUGUAUCCGUAUAUCUAUCUAUAGCAGUCUUUUCAUAUCUAUCUAUCUAUCUAUCUAUCUAUCUAUCUAUUUCACGCUCUUUAUGUCUACAUCUCUGCCAACGUAUCUAUCUAUCUCAGCCUCUUCAUAUCUAUAUAUCUAG